CUGUGCGCUGCUUUUUCAAGCUCACAGCAGAACUCACUUUCUAUUCCUCCAAUCACCACCCUUCCAUAAAAUUUUCCAGGAAAAAUUUCCCUUCCAUCGUUAAUCACCUACGUUUCUUCAUGCUCAAACACUUCCUCUGAUUAAUAAUCUCCAAAAUGGAAUCCAACAGACCUAAAUCAGUUCACCGCAGCACCAGCACUGGAAAGAGCAGACUUUCCAGAACUUUCCAGAAAGUUAUCAGCUUGCGAACUGCAUCCAGGAUAGCUUCCAGCAAUGGAAUGGGAAUCUGUGUGCUUAGUUCCCAGCACAAGUCCCAGGAAGAAGAUGCGAUGCCGGGACACAAACAUGGCGAUUCGAAGUUGAAGCGGAAGGCGGUAAUGGAAGCUCUGGUGGCUAAGCUUUUUGCCGGUGUUACUUCGGUUAAAGCUGCUUAUGCCGAGCUGCAAAUGGCUCAGCAUCCGUACAACAGCGACGCCAUUCAUGCGGCGGACCACGCGGUGGUCGAAGAACUCAAAACCCUGUCGGAGCUGAAACGGAAAUUCCUGAAAAAGGAACUCGAUCUUUCGCCUCAAGUCACCCUGAUGCUGGCUGAGAUUCAGGAGCAGCAGAGCUUGAUGCGGACCUUCGAGAUUGCAAACAAGAAAUUGGAGUCGGAAACAGAGGAGAAAGAUUCCGGUAUUGAUUCGCUGAGGAAGGAGCUUGAAGAACGCAGAGGGGUUAAUAAAUCCCUGGAAAAGAGAUUAAAUGCGUCGGGGCCGUUGUCCAUGUUCGACAAUGUAAAGUUUCCGAUGCUGAAUCCGACCCAUUUCGUUCAAUUUUUGCAUUUUACUCUGAGAUCUGUUCGGAGUUUUGUGAAGAUGAUGCUCCAGGAAAUGGAAUUGGCGCAGUGGGAUCUCGAUGCCGCGGCGAAAAUCAUCGAACCCGACACGAGAUUUCCUAAACUGAGUCACCGGUGUUUCGUAUUCGAAUCUUUUGUUUGCAAAACCAUGCUGGAAGGGUUCAACUCCCCUGACUUUUUCCUUGCCGGAAAUUCUCAACCCAACAAGCUCCGUCCGGAGCGUUAUUUCGACGAGUUCAGAAAUCUGAAAACGGCAAACCCUAAACAGAUAGUAGCUCAACACCCACAAUCUUCCUUCCCUAAGUUCCUCCGGAGCAAGUACCUUAGCCUUGUUCACGCCAAGAUGGAGUGCUCGUUUUUCGGCAACUUGAACCAGAGGAAGCUGCUGACCUCCGGUGGGUUCCCGGAAACAGCUUUCUUCAUCGGGUUCGCGGAAAUGGCGAAACGGGUAUGGCUUUUGCACCGGAUGGCGUUCUCGUUGCACGAAGAAGUUUCGAUUUUUCAGGUAAAGAAGGGCUGUAGAUUCUCCGAGCUCUACAUGGAGAACGUCGCCGAUGAUUCACUAUUUUCCGAUGAAAUCCGUGAUGAUUCCAACGUCGAUAUUCGAGUAAGUUUUACAGUGGUACCGGGGUUCAAGAUUGGUCGAACUGUUAUACAGAGUCAGGUGUAUUCAUCGCCGGUGAUCACUCCUCCGGUGAGUCGUGGUUGAUUUUAUUUUUACUAUUUUCGGGAAGGGUUUUUGAUUUUUCGGAGGUAAGAGUAUAAUUGUAAAUUGCAUUUAAUUAGAAUCAAAAGAUGUUAGAUGAAGUUCACGCGCCGCUUUAGGAGGCGGAGGUGGGGACUGUGGGAGCUAAGCGCCCUUCCCAAGUAAGUCGAGAAAGGCUGGAUUGUGCUUGGGAAUGCAGUUAGCUCGCCAAUCCCCAUGCCGGGUUGCCGCUUUAGGCGGCGGAGAUGGGGCAUCGGGCGGCGCGUGGAUUUCUAUAUGUGGGUCAACUGCACGCGUAUUUGGUCCUACAGUCAUAGGAGCCACCGGGGUAAUGGGUUAGAGAGGCAAAAAGAAAUGUUUGAACCUGUAAAGUGCUACCGGUUCUACAAUUUCUUUCAAAAUGGAAUUUGUAACGAAGAGGUGGAAAAAUUUAUAUUUACUUUUGUUUUUUGGAGAACCUUUUUCUAUAAGAACCCUAAAUGUGAGUAAAAAGAUUCAAAUUUAAGGAUUAAUUUUAUCUUUUUCAAAUUUAUGAACAUUUUUUCAAAUAUUUAUUAGACGAUGAUGUUUUUAAAUUAAAACUUCAGUCACCCACCUAAGUAAAUGAGUGGUCCUUUCCAAUAAGAGUGUGGUAUGUGGGUUGAUAGAUAAAAGGACAAGAGAGUAUUGUUUUUUUAUUAUGUAAUUUAAGAGUAAAAAGGAAAAAACUAAAACUUCCAUAAUUGGGGUUGAAAUGCAUUUUUCUUUGUGCCACCAUUAUAGCUCAAUUGAAAAUAAGUUCUGCCUCACUUAAAACAAAAAGUUCCACCAAACAGCUGCUACUUAGUGAGGUGGGCUUGGGCUGAGGAGUCUGGGCAGAGGUUCACGGACCUCCCAGGAUUAAACUUGA